GUGCUGUCCGAGGAGAGGGCUCCGUUCUUGGUUAAGAUGGUAUUUUCUCUGGUUAUUUUCUCUGGUUAAGAUGGUAACCCGGCGAGUGUGAGGAGACGGGGUGGUGGAGGGAUGCUGAAAACUGUUGAGGAACAUAGUAGACCUUCUGUUGUCUCGGACCAGACAGGAUAGCCUUCGUUGCCCUCAUGCAUCGAUGAGCCUUGGGGACCCAACACCCUGUCGCCGGUUUUUGGUUUGUCCCUCCAUGGACCACUGUUGGGUUAUAUAACCGAAUCGUCUGCCCUGCCCUGCCCUACCAAGGCUGUUAAGAAAACAUCUCAACUAGCCUGCAGUACAAAUGGCUCCUCUUCUGUUGCUCCUCUUUCUUCCUUUUGCCCUCUGUUGUGAAACAGUCCCCGGCACCGAGUGCGAGAAGAUUCCUUUUGUGCCGGGGCAUAAUCUGGUGGGAGAGGGCUUUGACAUUGUGCGGAUGAAGACCACCGGAGCUUUUGUGGUGGAUGUGCGGACCUACAUGGUUGGAGGACAGCAUGGCAACUGCACUAUAUGUGAGAACAAACUACUCAACGGGAAACAGAAGUUGCCAGCUUCUGUGGUCGACUGGCGCAUCAAGGUGCAGUGCCGUCGAAGCCUCAGUGCCAAGGUGUAUGAAACGGCCAGCUCGGUUAUUAAGGACACCACCACUUCAGCCGGUGCCAGCUGGAGGGUUGGGCUGAGUGUGCCUCUUGUGGCUGGUGUGGCUGUCGGUGGCACUCAUUCAAAGUCAGCCAAUUAUGCCAAGAGCCACAGCGCUCAAGACAAGUUCUCCUACACCAGCCACACCUUCUCCUGUCGCUAUUACUCAUUUCGUCUUCAUGCUCGUCCUCCACUGACCAAAGAAUUAACCGAUUCCAUCCGUUCACUUCCUGCUAAAUUCGACAGCAGUUCAGAGGCUGCAUACAACCAUUUUAUCUCUAUCUAUGGAACACACUUCUUGAGGAGAGUCGACCUGGGUGGCCGCGUACAGUCAACCACUGCUGUGAAGACCUGCCAGGUUUCCAUGACGGGUCUGACGGUACAAGACGUGAGCAACUGCUUAUCAGUGGAGGCGUACGGCAUCAUUAAGGGUGUGAACGUGAGCGGGCAAGCAAGCUACUGCAAAGAAAAGAAAAACAAACUGCAGAGGGGUCACACCUUCAGUGCCUCCUUUUCCGACCGCAUCACUGAAAUACUGGGCGGCAACGGUGAGCAGCAAGACAUCCUCUUCAAUCCAAGCAACAAUAAUGGUUAUGAUGCGUGGCUCAAGUCACUGAAGAAUAUUCCUGGAGUGGUGUCCUACACCUUGAGCUCAUUGCAUAUGCUCGUGCAAAAUGACUCAGCUAGACGAGCCAGUCUGCAAGCUGCCAUCAGCAAAUACAUCACAAAAAGCGCCAUAUCAACCGCUUGCCCCUCCAGUUGCAAAGUGGGCCGGCGUGAGAGUAAUUGUGCAUGCAAAUGCAGCGGUCAUCAAAGAGUUGAUAAUAACUGCUGUCCGAAUCAGCCAGGAGUGGCCACGUUGACCGUGAUCGUGAAGAGUGCUGCGGGAUUGUGGGGAGACUGGUUCUCUAAAACUGAUGGUUAUGUUAAAGUGUUCUACGGUGCUUCAUCGGCUACAACCAAUGUGAUUAUGAACAACAACUUUCCUCAGUGGAACUACCAGUGGAAUGUUGGAACUGUGGUUCUGACUGAACACAAGCCCUUGAGAUUUGAGGUGUGGGACCGUGAUAACCGGUUUGAUGAUGAUCUAUUGGGAAAGGGUUCUCUUGUCCCAGUGCAAGGCAACAAUGUGGAGAAGCGGUUUGGAUUAAAGCACGGCUCUCUUUUAAUCUACUACACUGCGAAGUGUGGCCCAAGUCUUACAGGGACUCAAUGUGAGAAAUACGCUCCUACACCGGGUGGUGAUGGUGCUCUAAACUAUUACCAGCCAUUUGGCAGAGAGCAGCCUAUUGCGUUUAAAAAAUCCAAUGGCUUUGCAAGAAAUAUGUCUUUCCUGUAAUAAUACAAUAACCGUAGAAUGUAAAGAUUCUGUAAAAUAUUGAAGAAGGUCCUUCUGAGAUAACGCAUCUAUAAAAAUGGCCAUAAGCUAUUUGAGAUAUUUGGUACACAUUGGAAAUAGUGGUAACACUUUCUAUGAAGACCAUGCUUAUAAUGAUUUAUAGGCCCAUUUAUUUAAGUAAGUAUUACUAUUGUAUAAAUAUAUUUAUAAAGACUCAUUAAGACCUGUACUGCAUUAUAAGAACAGUUAUAUAUACAUUAAUAUUAUUUUUUUUAAUUACUUAUAAGCCAUGCAUUUGCGUUUUCAAUGUGCAUGCUCAUAAUCCAUUAUACACUGAAUUAUAAAUGAUCAUAUAUAAAAUAGUUCCAUAGACUCUUGUUUGCUGUACCAUUUAGUUAUUAAUUAUGUCCUUAAUGGCUAAUGUUUGCAUUAGAGGUCAUGGAUUUUAAUUUUGAUUUGUUAAAAUCUAUAUCUCCUCAGAGAUUAUAGCAAUUAAUGAUUUCUGUUUUUUUUUUUUUUUUUUUUAAUUAUUAUUAUUACAGGAAUUAUUGUUCUUUAGUUACAUUUAUAAGUAAGCAAAUUAAAAUGUAUAAUGAGCACAUCUUCAUGAUUUCUCAACCUUUUCUUUAGGAGAAUUGCAACCUAUGUUUUCACUUCACUUAAAGCCAACAAUGAUGUGUUUAUAGAGAGUAGUAACUAUUAUUACUCACAAUAAGUAUUGAUAAGAACAAAACACGGCUAUUAAUAAAAAUAUAUUCAGUUAUUUGACAGAAAUAAAUCCGAGUUACUAAAAAGUAAUUGUAACUAUAAUAUAAUAACAUUAUAGCAAUGCAGGUUGUAUCUUUAUAAUACAUUCAUGGAACCAUACGACUGACUAAUUAAUACUUAUAAAUCAGUGUAUAAUGGAUUAUGAGCAUGAGCAUUGAAAAAGCAAAUGCAUGACUUAUAAUUAAUUAUAUAAAUAAUAUAAAUGUAACUAUAACUGUUAUUAUAAUGUGGUAUAGAUCUUAAUGAGUCUUUAUAAAUAUGUUUAUAAAAUAGUAAUACUUGCUUAUAAAUAAGUAUAAAUGGAGCUAUAAUUCAUUAUAAGCAUGGUCUUCAUAGAAAGUGUUACCGAAAUAGUUAUUAUAAAUCAAAUACCAUUGACUUAUUGUUACACACAUUUACAAAACCUUUAAUAAGAACUUUUAAGAAAAAGAACCCUUAAGAACUUUUAUCUGAAAUUUUUUUUUAUUUUUGUUAUAAUUUUGUCUGAUUCUUAAAAAAAAAUAUUCUCAAUAUAUGAAUUAGUUUUGUAAUUUUAUAUGUAUCUUUUAUCUUUUGACCGGUAUAUUAAAUAAAAAAAAUAAAUGCUUUCAGACAGAUGCAAUAAAUUUUCUUGAAAAAAAAAA